AACGGUGCUGCAAAAGGAACUCAAGUUGAGCCACAAGGUGAACGAGAGAUUGCCACAAGCAAGCAGGGGUCCAGGCGAAGGGUCUGUCAGCAGGUUCUGCAGCAUUUUGACGCGCAGUACACGGAGGAGCUUGGCAGCUUAUGGACAUCAGCAAGGUCGGUGUUGCUGAACCCGGACUGCUGGCAGUAUGGGGUGAUGCUGAACCGCUUCACUGAUCUAUCAGACCUGCGGACACGGCUGCAGGAGCUCGGAUACACCAGCCUCCUUCCUCAGCGAGGGGACCACUCUACCCCUACACACACACAUGUCCAGGAAAACACACAUCACUUUCACACACACAGCGAUGACCGGUCUCCUCAGAGCUCCCCCAGUGCGCACACACACAUUCACCCACGCUGGCUCGCUGCUGGCUCUCUGGAGUGUGUCGUGCAGCGGGCAGCGAUGCGUCUGCCGGCCCCGAGGCAUGACCACGGCCGUCUCAAGGGCUACUUCCUGCUGAACGCUGCUUCCCUGCUUCCUGUGCUGGCGCUGGGCAUCACCGAGGGGGAGCGCGUGCUGGACAUGUGUUCUGCUCCCGGAGGCAAAGCCAUCGCCAUCCUACAGGCUGCCAAUCCAGGCCUUCUGCAUUGUAAUGAAGUCAACACACACCGCUGUGAUUGGCUCUCUAAGACACUGGAGUCCUAUGUGCCCGGCCCUCUGAUGGAGACAGUGCGAGUGACUAAUCAGGAUGGGAGAGAUUUCGGACACUCACACCCAGGGGUGUAUGAUAAGCGUUAG